AGUGCAGAGCACUCUUAUGGGUCACCAAUGGCCUCAUCAAAGGACAGUGAUGGAAGAUCUGUAGCCGAUAUCGCAUCCACUACUUUGUCCUGUUCAAAGUGCUCGCUUCACCAUUCAGACGACGUGCAGGUUCAGCAGCACAGUGACAGCGUCCGCUCUGCUGAGACUGAGGAGCAGGAGGACAUGACAUCCCUUCUGCCUCUCCCAGAUGAAGAGGGAAGUUUUGCUUGUGCAGACUGUGAGAAGAGCUUCAAGUUCCAGUCUUUACUUAAAGCCCAUCAGCGCAUCCACACAGGUGAACAGCCGUUCCUCUGUUCACAGUGCGGACGGCGUUUCUCCUUCAAACAGUCACUGGAGCGGCACAAGCAGACACACAAGUCUGGCCGCAAAUACAAGUGCCUGAUCUGUGGGGAGUUCUUCAAGACGUCACUGGCCCAGAGGGAACACAAGAGCACCCACAUGGAGAAUGGGGAGUAUUUAUGUUCAGAGUGUGGUAGGGCAUUCGCCUGGAAGUCGGCACUAGUGAGACAUCUGAAGAUCCACGGAGAAGAUGCUAACAAGGAUGAGCAUUCUUACAGAUGCCCUCAUUGUGACCUGAGCUUCAGCUGUGCCAGCUACUUGAACAGGCACAUUCAGACUCACCAGGAAGAAAGAGUGUACACGUGCAACUGUGGAAAGAGCUUUGCCUACCAAGCCGCUCUCACUGCACACCAACGCAUCCAUCUGAAGGAGCGGCGGCACAUAUGCACUCAGUGUGGCAAGGGAUUUCUCUACCGGGGGGGUUUGCUGAGCCACAUGAAGAUCCACUCUGAGGAGAUGCCCUUCAUAUGCUCCUUCUGCGGCAAGAGCUUCAAGAGGGAGCGCAACAUGAAGAAGCAUGAGCGCUGCCACACCAGAGAAAAUGUUUUCAGCUGCUCACAGUGCGACAAGAGUUUUGUGUACAAGGCCACUCUGAUCCGUCACGAGCUGACUCAUUCCGGUGAGAGGCCAUAUCUCUGCUCCGACUGUGGGAAGGGUUUCUUUUCCCAUGCAGAGCUCCUGAAGCAUGAACGUUUCCACACGGGCCACAAACCAUUCCAGUGCCCCCACUGUGGCAAGAAAUUUACUCAGUCCUGUUACCUGACCGUCCACCUGCGCUACCACACCGGAGUGCGACCUUACGCCUGCACCGAAUGUGACAAGAGCUUCCUGAGUGCCAACAGGCUCAAGAGACACCAACGAACACAUUCAGGAGAAAAACCAUACCUCUGUGGAGAAUGUGGGAAGGGUUUCAGGCAGGCGUAUAAUCUCAAAAUGCAUCAACGGACCCAUCUCAUGACUUUAACAUAGACUGACACUUUGGGAAGUUACAGUGGGAGUGAAGUAACUUCAAAAUGAUUACUGUGAACUGCAUUUAAUAUAGAAUCUUGUGCUGAAAACCAAUUAAAGCUGCUGUCAGCGA